AUGUAUAAUGGCAAGGAUAGAGCACAAAACUCCUAUCAGCCAAUGUACCAAAGGCCUAUGCAGGUACAAGGACAACAGCAAGCUCAAUCGUUCGUUGGAAAGAAAAACACAAUCGGAAGUGUGCAUGGAAAAGCCCCGAUGCUAAUGGCCAAUAAUGAUGUUUUUACUAUUGGACCUUAUAGGGCAAGAAAAGAUAGAAUGCGGGUAUCUGUCUUAGAAAAGUACGAAGUUAUUGGCUACAUUGCUGCGGGCACAUAUGGUAAAGUUUACAAAGCGAAAAGACAAAUCAACUCCGGUACCAAUUCCGCUAAUGGUUCUAGUCUGAAUGGUACCAAUGCGAAAAUUCCGCAGUUUGACAGCACGCAACCAAAAUCAAGCUCUUCAAUGGACAUGCAGGCAAAUACAAACGCAUUAAGAAGAAACUUGUUAAAGGAUGAAGGAGUGACCCCCGGAAGAAUACGAACUACGAGGGAAGAUGUAUCCCCGCACUAUAAUUCCCAAAAACAAACCCUCAUUAAAAAACCGCUGACGGUAUUUUAUGCCAUUAAAAAGUUCAAGACAGAGAAGGAUGGCGUCGAACAAUUGCAUUAUACGGGAAUAUCUCAGAGUGCCUGUAGAGAAAUGGCAUUAUGUCGAGAAUUGCACAACAAGCAUUUAACCACAUUAGUGGAAAUUUUUUUGGAAAGGAAAUGUGUCCAUAUGGUAUACGAAUAUGCGGAGCAUGAUCUGCUACAAAUUAUCCACUUCCAUUCCCAUCCCGAAAAAAGGAUGAUACCACCAAGAAUGGUUCGGUCUAUUAUGUGGCAGCUUUUAGACGGCGUAUCGUAUCUUCAUCAAAAUUGGGUGCUUCAUCGAGAUUUGAAACCCGCAAAUAUAAUGGUGACCAUAGAUGGAUGUGUUAAAAUUGGUGAUUUAGGUUUGGCCAGAAAAUUUCAUAAUAUGCUGCAAACCCUCUAUACUGGGGAUAAAGUGGUUGUCACUAUAUGGUACCGUGCACCUGAGUUGCUAUUGGGAGCACGGCACUAUACCCCUGCGGUUGAUUUAUGGUCCGUUGGCUGCAUUUUUGCAGAACUGAUAGGAUUACAGCCCAUAUUUAAAGGUGAAGAAGCUAAACUAGACUCUAAAAAGACUGUUCCAUUUCAAGUGAAUCAACUACAGAGAAUUUUGGAAGUUCUUGGCACUCCCGAUCAAAAAAUUUGGCCUUAUUUGGAGAAGUAUCCAGAAUAUGAUCAAAUUACGAAGUUUCCAAAGUAUAGGGAUAACCUUGCUACAUGGUAUCAUUCCGCGGGAGGAAGGGACAAGCAUGCUUUAAGCUUACUUUACCACUUGUUAAAUUAUGAUCCAAUUAAAAGAAUAGAUGCAUUUAAUGCGUUGGAACAUAAGUACUUCACAGAAAGUGAUAUUCCUGUUAGUGAAAAUGUAUUUGAAGGUCUAACUUACAAAUACCCGGCAAGAAGAAUUCACACGAACGAUAAUGACAUCAUGAAUCUUGGAUCAAGAACGAAAAACAAUACACAAGCUUCAGGAAUCACCGCAGGUGCCGCUGCAAAUGCGUUAGGUGGGCUUGGUGUUAACCGUAGAAUUCUGGCCGCGGCAGCAGCAGCCGCUGCUGCGGUGUCAGGAAACAAUGCAUCAGAUGAGCCAUCUCGAAAGAAAAACAGAAGAUAG